GAACAGAACAACAGAAAGAACAGCUCGCUUCUCUGCACCUCUUCUCCAGCCGAUCCGCGAAGUCCUUUCUCUCUGGAUUUUGAGAGAUCUUGUAAACAGAAAACUGUGAUUCGGCAGUGUUUAGAAGGUGAAUAAUAGUAAUAAAUUAAUCUGAAAAGAUGCCUGCACAGAAGAUUGAAACAGGUCACAAUGACACGGUCCAUGAUGUAUCCAUGGAUUAUUAUGGAAAGCGUGUGGCAACAGCUUCUUCUGAUACCACCAUCAAAAUAAUUGGUGUGAGCAACAAUUCUCCUUCCCAGCACCUUUCUACUUUGAGUGGUCACCAGGGUCCUGUUUGGCAGGUUGCUUGGGCACACCCCAAGUUUGGUUCGAACCUUGCUUCCUGUUCUUACGAUGGUAAAGUGAUAAUGUGGAGGGAGGGUAAUCCAAACGAGUGGAUGCAGGCUCAUGUUUUUAGUGACCACGCGUCAUCUGUCAAUUCUAUUGCUUGGGCACCUCAUGAACUUGGCCUCUGCUUGGCUUGUGGAUCCUCUGAUGGGAAUAUUACCGUGUAUACUGCGAGAUCAGAUGGCGGUUGGGACACAACAAGAAUAGAUCAAGCCCACCCUAUUGGUGUAACCUCUGUCUCAUGGGCCCCUUCAAUGGCUCCUGGUGUUCUAGUUGGAUCUGGAAUGCUGGAGCCUGUCCAGAAGCUUGCUUCCGGUGGAUGUGAUAAUACUGUGAAGGUGUGGAAGCUAUAUAAUGGAACUUGGAAGAUGGAUUGCUUCCCUGCACUUCUGAUGCACUCUGAUUGGGUGAGGGAUGUGGCUUGGGCACCCAAUUUGGGGCUUCCAAAGUCUACAAUCGCAAGCGCUUCACAGGAUGGGACAGUGGUCAUCUGGACAGUGGCAAAAGAAGGUGAUCAAUGGGAGGGUAAGGUAUUGAAGGACUUUAAGACCCCGGUUUGGAGGGUUUCAUGGUCUUUGACUGGAAACUUGCUGGCUGUGGCUGCUGGGGACAAUAAUGUCAGUUUGUGGAAAGAAGCAGUUGAUGGGGAGUGGCAACAGGUGACCACAGUUGAUUAAUGUAUUUCGGGCUCUUGUUUUUGUCUUAAAGUUUUACUGUUCUCCCUCUCUUCUGGCUUUGUCAAGACUAUUUUUGUUAGUUUUCCGGAAAGUAUCUUCGUCUGGUUUUCUUUACUGGAGUUAUGGGAUUGUUGUAAUACCAACUACAGGGAGUGGAACAGAUGAACAUUAGAAUCAAGUUAUUAUUUCUGAUUGUCCUGUUCUUGUCCUCUAUCAUGCCUUUUCAUAUUCUAUAUAUUAAAGUACAAAAGAUG